AUGGAGAGACAAGUAUUUUAUGUCAACUCGGAGUCUUCGGAAAUAUGUGAAAUCAUUGAAUAUGUAUCUUCAAAACUCCAAAAUGCUAAAAGUCGUCCCGUCAAUGUUGGAACAGAAAUAGCUAUGCUGACGGCACAGCUGAAAGCCUUUCCGCUUAAAGACGUGAUUUCUUCGCUUCCAGGAAAGAUUUUUGCUCGCCGUUUCUCUGUUAUAGAGGAUGAGGAGAACAUCUUCUCCGUACAUUACAGUCGUUCAAGCGGCAAAGGAGUCUACACUUUCAUCAGGAACCUUUACGCCCAUUUCGACAACAUGCGGUUCAUUCAGUGCUCUUUUCACGUGACAGUGUAUCACAGUCUAGGGGCGACAAACAUGGAACGCAAUGCGGCAAAGGUAGUGGCCGACGCCCCAGUGUUAGACCCACACGACAAUCCCACCUUCAGCCUCCUGCUGCAGUACCAUCACCACGAUCGUCAUCCUGAGAUUGCCAACGGUUUUCCCUCCACCUUCGCCCCCACCUACCACGGUAUUACACUCAGUGCUCGCGUAGACCACCGCAUUUUUGAUCGCGUCUCCCUCACUGUGGUACGGACCCAAGACAUCGUUGAUGAGCGGUCGGUCAAGGCUGCACCUGAAAAUGAGGGCGCUACAGCUGAUGAUUCUGCCACUACCACUGCUUCCUCGCUAGUAAGUGAGAUUGGCGGAGGAUUAGAGAAAGUCUGGCUUGUAAUGCAUGUUAUUCGAGCAGCUGCCUUUUCCACACCACAGCAACCAACAUCAACGACAGCUGCAGCGGAGGUGCAGACGCUUUUACAGGCACCGAGCAUGCCGCUGGAAGUUGACGAAGCGUCAGUGGUGGAGGAUUCACCACUGCAGGCUACGCACGUGCAGGUGUCGGAGGAGCUGGAGGCAGCCUACCACAGGCGUAUUGAAUCAGCUGUCACCAUUCAGACUGCAUCGGCGGUCAAGGCGGUGGAGUUCGCAGAAGUGGAGCAGAGCCUUAAAUGGGCCCGAGCAAACGCUGUGAAGUUGGAAGCGCACGAAAUGGAGACAGAAGGGGUGAUCCAGGAGCACUCAACUCUCCUCGAAGCGCCUGAAUGGAAGCUUGCAACCAGUAAACUUGGUAGCGUUAGUGUCAGUGCCAUUAUUCGAACAACAAAACAUCUGUACUGCAAUGAGUGUUCUUUUGAACUCCUCACUUCUUUCAUGCUAGUUGGAUACCGGUGCCGGCAAUUUUUGGCCCGUCAGAAGGAGUUGAUGGCGUGGCGCUUAACACUCAGGCGUUGGGUCGUGGAUCCCCAGAUUGCAACUGCAGCUGCCACCAGUACCGUCACUAUGGGUGAUGAUGGCAAUGGCGGGAUAGACGAGACCAUGCGAGGGAGGCCAGCAAAUGCUUGCACGAUGGCGCGCGCUCCUAACGCACCACCUACGCACGGAAUAUAUGAGGACCCGUACCAAUGUCGUAGAUGUGGAAAGUCCUUUUCCCAACGUUCGUAUCUAUCACGGCACAGAGAGAUUUCUCAUCAAAGGAGGUCGUUUAAGUGUCAAUAUUGCAAACAAACGUUUUUGCAGCGCAGCGUUUUGAACCGCCACGUUUCGGACGUCCAUGAGAAGAAGAGACCGUUUAUUUGCCAGCAUUGCGGAAAAUUCUUUUCCCGUCAGUGUGAUGUGAACAAACACAUUUCUGCGUUUCAUGAGAAGAGGAGGCCAUCCACUUACCAGCAGUGCAAAAAGUCCUCCUCGCAUCGGGGCACUUUAAACAGACACAUUUCGGAGGUGCAUGAGAAGGAGAAGCCAUUUACUUGCCUGAAUUACGGCAAGUUCUUCUCACUGCGAAUCCAUUUAAACAGACACACUUUUGGGGUUCAUGAGAAACGCAAAUGCAAAUACCAGCAUUCUUUGUCACGGGAAAUGGAUUUUCCAGGUCAUAAGUAG